AUUACUUAAACCCAAAUCAACGAAACUUCAUCCCGUCGCCGCCGCACCGGUGAACCCAAUCAGCCCUCAGCCACACCUACAUGGUUGCACACUGAAAAAGGACGACAUAGUUCCCAGAAAACAGCUACCAACCGAAAAUACCAACGUAAGCCAAGGAUAGCAGCUUCCAUAGAAGAGCCCUUAAAGUUAUAUUCCAAAGAUGCAGCAUGAUGAGGUUAUAUGGCAAGUUAUCAGACACAACCAUUGCAGUUUCAUGACCAAAAUUACGACGGGCAAUUUUUGUAGAAACCCUUACAAUGUCACUGGAAUUUGUAAUCGAAGCUCCUGCCCUUUAGCUAAUAGUCGCUAUGCCACCAUCCGUGAAGACAAUGGAGUGUUUUACCUUUACAUGAAGACUAUUGAAAGAGCUCAUAUGCCAAAGGAUUUGUGGGAAAGAGUUAAGCUGCCUAGGAAUUACGAGCAGGCACUUGAAGUCAUUGACAAACAUCUGAUGUAUUGGCCCAAGCUUCUCGUUCACAAGGUAAAACAACGAUUGACCAAAAUGACCCAGACGCGGAUUCGUAUGAGGAAACUUGCUUUGAAAAAUAGGGAAAUAAUAAAAACACUUCCAAGGAAAGAGAUAAAGAGAGAAGCUAGAAGAGAAGCGAAGGCUGAAAGAGCGGCUGUGAUUGACAAGGCUAUUGAGAACGAGCUAGUGGAACGCCAUAAAAAUGGACUUUACCAACAACAGAAGGAGGCUGAAAAGCUUAUCGAGGUAGAGAUACUGGAACGCAUUCAAAAAGGAGUAGGUGAUAUAUACAACUAUCCUGUUGAUGCGUACAAUAGAGUUCUUGAUAUGGAGAAACUUCAACCUGCUGAUGAAGAGGAUGAAGAGGAAGCAGAAAUAGAAUAUGUAGAAGGCUACGAUGAACUUGAAGAGGAAGAUGACAUUGAAGAUUUUGGUGCAUUUUCAAUUCACGAGUCACAGGGAAAUGACACCGAUGAUGAAAAUGACGGAAGCAGUGAAGAUGAAGAAACUAAAGCACUUAAUCAAAGGAAAGCCAAAAGGAAAUCGACUUUAGCUUCAAAGAAACUUGAAAAGGAUGACCUUGAUUCUAAAUCAAAGAAAACGAGGGUCCUCGUUGAGGUGGAAUGCGACGAUGCUGGCGAAAGACAAAGAUUGGUCCAGUAGUUUCAUUUUGUGUUAGUUACUGAUAGGAGAGGGAAGCUGCUAUAUGAGAAACUCAAUUUUAACUGUCAUUUCAAAUUAGUUUGUACCUUUGAAGCAUUUUAAAUUAUAUACUGCUAAUUUUUCAAGUUACUUUCCUUUUGUUUGGAAGAAUAACAAAUUGUGUCUUGGUUUGUUUGAUAGAGCCAGGGCAUCUCAAUCCUACUUUGUUUGAGGAUUGUGAUUUUAUCAAAUUUUGUAUUAUGUGGAUCGUCGAGAUUUUGGAAUUCAUUAUAAUAGUUAUAGUUAUUCUUUUUA